UUCCUGUCAUUUGAUAGAGGAGGAGUAUGUAGCCAUUGUAACUCCUGCGGAUAUUAACACCACAUGCCACCUAGAUGGGUGAGAACUCUGAAAGAGACCUUGUGAGUUGGAAGCAUGGGCCACAGCCAUGGCAUCUACUUCUCCAUCCCUAAUUAACUUUCAUCCAAUCCAGAACCUUGAAAUCUAAGCCCCCAAACCCAUGAAUUCUCCAGACAACCAUCCAUUCCACUGGCAUUAUGCCGAGCUCGACGACAAGAACUUCCAAAUCCAUGGUCAGAGUCUCCUCCUUCUCCUAAUCCUCUUUUCCAUCCUCCUCCUCUUCACCCUCAUCUGCCUCUACACAAGAUGGGCUUGUCGGUACCGACAAUCAACGGCUGCCGCUGCACAGCAACAACAACAGCAAGGCCUGCAGAUGGUUCGGCCAGUGGGGCUCGACCGUGCAACGAUCGAGAGUCUGCCGGUCUACUUGCACCGUUCAUCGGCUAGCGAGGCGCAGUGUUCGAUAUGUUUGAGCAGCUUCCAAGAGGAGGAGAAGGUGAAGGUGUUGCCAGAAUGCAACCACGCAUUUCACCCAGAGUGUGUGGAUAUGUGGCUGAAGACGCACUCUAGCUGUCCGCUCUGUCGAGCGUCUUUGGGGGGUCCGGCAGAGGCGGCCUGCGUCGCCGCAUGAUUGGUGGACUUGCCGCCGAUGUGAGCAUGUGGGAAUGAUCUAGGCCAUUCGAUUAAGUGGGACCCACAAUGAAAAUUUCACCAGUCAGGUGCACUCUUCAGGUGGGCCAUUUCUCACAGGAGAGGAGGAGAAGACAGAUUGAUGAGAGGUGAUAGAAAGUAACGCUAACGACUUUUUUAUUUUUCUGGCUGAAAGUGUGUGGUGUGGCGUGACACACGUGUCACAUAUAUGGGUGUGGCAGCACUAUAGGUGGAGUAAUUUUCGGUUGUUUCUGCAUAGGUGCAUGUUGUUGGUUAGCAGCUGUCUCUCUUGUCGAAUGUGUUAGAUAUUCCUCAAUGAUCAUAACGCCCUGCUUUCUCUCU